AUGAUCGAAAAGCAGGAGGUUUUUCAAACGACUUUGCAAGAUGAGGACAUAGCCGACCAAAAUACUAAGUUAUCGAGUUUCUGGAAAAAAAUCGGUGAAUGGUCAAGAAAACUGGACGCUUUGGGCGUUGAAACUACGGGAAUUCAAAGAGUUCCUCCCUAUGAAAGAGGGACCAAAAAGCAAUUUUGGAGUGUUGCGGGGCUCUGGCUGAGUGCUGCGGGUGGACUGUCGUCGAUGUCGUCGUAUUUUUUAGGUCCCCUGCUUUUUGAGCUUACGUUCAGGCAGUCUCUCGUGAGCGGCCUGAUUUCAAUGGCAAUCGGAUGCGCGGUGGCUGGGUACUGUUCUACCAUGGGUCCCCAGUCUGGCUGCAGGCAAAUGGUCACGGCAAGGUAUCUUUUCGGUUGGUGGUUUGUGAAGUUCGUGGCACUUGUGGCUAUCAUUGGGGUGAUGGGCUGGAGUAUUGUGAACUGUGUCGUUGGUGGUCAAAUGCUUGCAUCCAUUUCGGAUGGCAAAGUUCCUCUAUGGGUCGGGAUUGUCAUUGUAACCGCGAUUUCGUUUUUUGUCGCGAUUUUUGGUAUCAGACAAGUCUUGAGAGUCGAGACUGGUCUUUCUGUGCCCGUACUCACGUGUUUCAUGUUACUAUACAUCUCUUCAAGCAACAAGUUCCACUUAGUUGACGCUUUCACGAACGAAGAUGUCGAUCCCCAGACCAUCAAAGGCAACUGGUUGUCGUUCUUCUCGCUUUGUUACAGUAUCACGUCUACUUGGGGGUCCAUAACGGCCGAUUACUACAUUCUGUUUCCAGAAGACACGCCUCAGUAUCAAGUAUUUUUCUUGACUUUUUUCGGUACGCUAGUGCCGACAACGUUUGUCGGCGUCCUGGGCAUUGUGCUAGCCUCGUGCGCAAUGUCAUACGAACCUUGGAAUGCCGCAUACCAAAAAUACGGUAUGGGAGGUCUUUUACACGCCGGGUUCGAACGUUGGGGGGGAUUUGGCAAAUUCUGCGUUGUGGUUCUCAUUCUAAGUUUGAUAUCCAACAACAUCAUUAACACUUAUUCCGCCGCGUUUUCGAUCCAACUCUCCAGUCUCCACAUGGCGCGUAUCCCGCGUUGGAUUUGGGCCAUUGCGUGCACGAUUUUCUACCUCGUAUGUGCGCUUGUCGGCAGAAACCAUUUCAGUACCAUUUUGGGCAAUUUCUUGCCCAUGGUCGGCUACUGGAUCAGCAUCUACUUCAUAAUUUUGUUGGAAGAGAACACUGUAUUCAGAAGGUUUUUCUUGCAUCUCUACACCAAGGAGUUCCCACCUGCGGCAGUUGAAAAGGGAAACUCUGCCGCAGUGCUCGUGCGCGACGUCAAGAACAAGAGAGUGACGGCUGCGAAACACAGAUACAACUGGAACGCAUGGCAAGACAGUAACGUUCUCACUCAUGGCUACGCUGCUACGCUAUCUUUCUUAAUCGGAGUAGCGGGCGUAGUCCUGGGUAUGGCCCAAGUCUACUGGAUUGGACCCGUAGCACGCAAUUUUGGCGAAUUCGGAGGCGAUCUGGGUAUGUGGCUAAGUAUGGGCUUUUCCGGAGCCGCGUAUCCAUUUUUGAGAUACUUUGAACUACGCUAUUUCGGUCGUUAA